AAGACUUUGAGGGAAUGAAUUUGUGCCUCAACAGGAGGGAGACUUGCUGCGGCUUCUUGACCUCCGCUCUGAGGAAAACUACAAAGUUGGGACUGACUUUGUUCUUCAUCGCUCGCAGCUCUUAUAACUCGCUAUGUCCGGCGAACAGAAGGAGCCACAAGAGGCUAUGAACAUGUACUCUGUUACCCUCAGCGGCCCAGCGCCGUGGGGCUUCAGGCUGCAGGGAGGCAAAGACUUCAGCAUGCCACUCACUGUGUCAAGGCUUACACCGGGUGGAAAGGCAGCUCAGGCCGGAGUCGGGGUGGGAGACUGGGUGGUCUCCAUCUGUGACGCCAAUGCCGAGGAUAUGACCCACGUGGAAGCACAAAACAAGAUUAGAGCAGCAACAGACUCCCUUACCCUCACCCUCAGCAGAGCUCUUAAAGGAGGUGAAGAGAGGAAGGACUCGCUUUCCUCGGCUUCUGCUCCGCCAAAGUACUCCUUUGCCCCAAGCACAACCAUUAACAAGAUGGCGAGGCCAUUUACAGCCGGUGGUGCUAGCACUAACUCAGGACCCCUUAUUAAACCUGUGGCCUACACACCUAAGCUUAACACCGCGCACUCGCCGGGCCUCGCCAGCACGCAGCAACCUCAGAAUGGCCUCGAGCCAACUCCUUCCUCUGCCAAGACCCAAGCCGCAGAUAAACCAGAUGGUUCAAAAACGGCAGCGGCGGCGGCGGGAACUUCUGGUCCCUCCUGCAGACCGCCGUGGGUCACAGACCCGAAAUUUGCUGAUCGCUACCGGCCGGACAAAACCAGUACCGUGGUGACCCAGCACCAGCAGCCAGUCCAGCCGACGCCCAUGCAGAACCGCAGCUCCAUCCUUCAGGCAGCGCAGCAGGCGCCCGAAGACAGCGGGAGGACCCCGGUGUGUGGCGCCUGCAACAAAAUCAUCAGGGGUCGGUACCUGGUGGCAUUGGGGCGUUCCUGGCACCCAGAGGAGUUCACAUGCUCCCAGUGUAAGGCGGUCCUGGAGGAGGGCGGCUUCUUUGAGGAAAGGGGCUCCGUCUACUGCACAAAGUGCCACGAUAACCGCUACGCGCCCAACUGUGCCAAGUGCAAGAAGAUAAUAACAGGGGAAAUCAUGCACGCCCUGAAGAUGACCUACCACGUUCAGUGUUUCAAGUGUGCAGCCUGUAAGAAUCCCAUCAGGAACCAGGCCUUCUACAUGGAGGAGGGCGAGCCUUACUGUGAGAGAGACUACGAAAAGAUGUUCGGUACCAAAUGCCAUGGCUGUGACUUCAAGAUUGAUGCCGGCGAUCGCUUUCUGGAGGCCUUGGGCUACAGCUGGCAUGACACGUGCUUCGUCUGUGCUCUCUGCCAAAUCAACCUGGAGGGGAAGACGUUCUACUCGAAAAAGGAUAAGCCCCUGUGCAAAGGCCACGCUUUUGCUCCGGUGUAAGAGAGCCGACUACACCUUCAGAGGAAGCAGCGCAUCUCCCACCACCUCCUCUUUAUCCCACCCCGCCCUCUGACAAACUCCACAUCCUGUCUUUGCCAGCCACACACACGGAGUUGAGCGCAAGCUUCUUUUCUAUCCCGCAGACUUUGUUUUUAUACGCCGAGCUCAACGCCAGCUUCACAUACAGUCCACCUCACUGCCUGCAAAGACAAAAGCUGCACUGCAAAACUGGAAGUAAGCAAGGAAUUAUUUCAACUCCGUGGCUACUUGAUUUUUAUCUAAAAAUGGAAAAGGUCGCUCUUGUUUUUUAUCGAGAUUCAUUGCAAUCAUCCUCAAUCUCUCUGUAGUGACAUCGGUGGUUUAAAGGAGUCAGUGAGCCUGUAGUAAUCGCACACCUGCAGUGCCCUUUAAUGUGAUGGGAAGCAGUCAGGCAGCAAAGGGGGGCUGCUGCUUUCUGCCUGAUUGGACCGAACCACCAGCCCUUCCAAGAAGCGUGGAGUGGUGCAGGUUCCACCUCAGUGCUGACAAGUCGGAGCCCGUAGUUGAGAAUGUUUGAUGGGGAAAUCCUUAAUUGGUCACAUUUUAAAAUAUCACAGAUGUGUUUUAUGGAAAUCCUCCAUAAUGUAAAGAAAUUCCUCUUUUCACAUUUCCAAGCCAAAAAGGGAAUCAAACUCAAAUUUUUCAUUGUGACAUAAUACCAUGACACCUCAUUGCUGUAGCUCCGUACCAUGUAUUUAAACUGCUUCAGAUCUGGGCUGUGUGUGUUUAUAGCUUACAUUUUCAAAUAAAACUAUUUACUUAACCCACA